AUGGAGACGGUGGAGGAGGACGUGGAGGAGUACAGCUGGAGGGAGGUGGUGCUGCCGCGCCUCAUCCCGGUGGUGCCCCACGCCGCGCCGGAGCUCGAGCGCGAGACCGGGGAGCGCCGCCGCGGCAGGGACCUGCUCGUCGCCGUCGACUUCGGCCCCAACUCCAGGCACGCCUUCCGCUGGGCGCUCGCCCACCUCGCGCGCAUCGCCGACACCCUCCACCUCGUCCACGCCGUCUCCAGUGUGCAAAAUGAUCUGGUAUACAACAAGAGCCAGGAACUGAUGGAUGAGUUGGCCGUCGAGGCAUUCAAGGAGUCACUGGUCCAUACCAAGGCACGGAUUGUUGAAGGGGAUGCUGGAAAGGUUAUUUGCCGAGAAGCAGAGCGAUUGAAGCCAGCAGCCGUCAUUAUUGGCACACGUGGUCGAAGUCUUAUUCAGAGUGUGUUGCAGGGAAGUGUCAGUGAGUAUUGCUUCCACAACUGUAAAGCAGCACCAGUUAUCAUUGUCCCAGGCAAAGAAGCUGGUGAACAGUCUGUGCUUUGA